AUGCAGAAUGUCAAGAGUCCGCCAAGGUUCAUGCCAAGAGGUAAGAAACAUUCGUCUCCUCCUAGAAUGACAAAGAGAAUGGAGGAGCUCUUGAGUCAAGUGGCUCAACUAAAUCAGAAAACAAAGGAAUUAAUGAAACAAGGAAAUGCGAUUCAGUUACCCAACAUGCCCAGACAAGCCUGUAGUGAAGCAAAAACAACUUCUCAAAGAAAAACUAUCACAAAAUGGAUAGCAAAAAACAAGGAAAAUUAUCUAGUAACUGAUAAAUGGUACCUUGAUAGCAGGGACAAAGUAGAAGAGGAGAGUGAGGAGGAAGAAGGUAGUGAAGAUGAGGAAGGCAAUGAUGGGGAAGGUAGUGAAGAUGAGGAAGUCAGUGAUGAGGAAGGCAGGGAAGAAGAAAACAGUGAGGAAGGAGAGCAGGAAGAGGAAGAGGAAGAGGAGGCCCAAGAUUCUGAUGAGGGACCUACUCCCGCUGCACAUGAGGACCGCCAUGAUUGGGCUGCCUUAGAAGCCUGCAUGGCCAAAAUUGAAGAGAAUCAGGGACCUCCAGCCGCAAAUCCGAACAUAACUGGAGUCGGAACAGACUCAAACUAA